GGAGCUCGGUCUGGAGGAGACCGUGAGUCUCGGGAAUGCCUAGAGCUGCAGAAAUGCCAGUGGUUCAUCAUCGCAGCAGGAGGAGCAGUGGGCGAUUCGGCAGGAUUUUCAGUCGUUGAGAAAGGCCUGUAGCUUCGGUUUCUUGUGGUGGGUGGCCCCAUUUUACAGGAGGAAGGAGGAGCGCAGGCAAGCGUCUAUGACAGGGGUGAUGAUGAGUGAAAUGUGUUCGGUGCGAGGAGCUGGCGAUGGAAGUAGAGGAGACGGGAAGAGAAGGAGGCUUGUCCAGAGCGGGGUGGAUUGUAAUUGUGGCCGUUAGUUGUUUGUGAGAAGGUUUUUUUUUGUUUUUCUUUUUCUUUUUCUUCAUGUUGAUCAUCGAGGCUCGAGGCUUUACGGAGUGCUCAAGUCCAGAGGCCACACCGAUGUGAGUUCUUCUGCAUUGUUUAUUUUUCCGCGGAGACUGCAGACGCGAGGACUUUCUUCUUGCUUCUUCUUCAGAUACCCGGCUUCUUUGCACACAGACGAGGUGUGUCAAGCUGUCAAAUUAGCCAUCAAAUUUCGAACUGAUUCCCGCACGUUAAGAAAGAAAGUAUUGGCACAGUGGUAUUAGGGUAAUAUUGAUAUCAGUGAUCGAGGCCUUAUGGUCCAACUCCUCUCCGACGUGAUUAUCUUUGGCCUCUUUGAACCAGGGUAAUUGAGUACAUAAUAUGUCAUUUUACCAGCCGAUCGCAUGCACGCAAGCUCUUGUCGAAGCUCCUGUAGUAAAUUAACAGUAUUUCGGUGCAGUUGAGUAUGGAGCGACAAUCUUCUUCUUAUUUUUGUGGCUGCCCAUUUAUCGAGAAAUCUUCACGGAAGUAGUUGCACAUUCAUUCUACACGAUUGGAGAUAGCGUAGGUAAAAGAGGAAAACCAAAGUUUUACAGAAAUUCAGUACCUGACCGCCGAGACAUCGUAUUCUAAAACGGGAUGCUGUUUGGAGGACCUAUUCGAAGAUGUUAGCUUUAGUUGGCAAGCGCAAGCUUCCUGAGGCAGAGGAGUGAACCCCCUGGUUCUAGUUUACAGGGACCACCAGGAGCUUAUCAAGAGCAUCUUUAAGCAAUCUUCGAAGUGAUAAAACUCGAAGUCCUUUUCGAAUGCAAUCUCGGGCAAAUAUUUGCAGGCAAGCCACCCAUCUUGCGAAUCCACUCCUUGGGUUUUUUAAACUUUCAGUAAUAUUUACGGCAGGAGAACUGCUGCCAGGCGUUAAGAACGUGAUCAAAGUGUUGACAUGACUGUUACGAGGACGACGCAAGAUUUAGAAGAGAAGGCCGGAAGAGCGCUAGUUUGCGGAAGUUUUCACUAUCAGGCCUCUCAAGGAUCCCCACUGUAUUGGAAAAGGGAAGGGACUCCAAGUCUAUAAGAAGCGAUUUGCGAAGCUUCAAGUUUCUACUCUUGGCCCCUGGUCAAGACCCGCCAACAGAUAUUCAUUUCGGGACUUUUGCGAAGAACGAUGGCAGGGGAGUUCGGGUCUUCUGUUUUCCGGUUGCUGCCAGCAGUAGGCCCCCGACAACGGGAGCUGACAGGUGCUGUGGAUCUUGUCAACCACUAUGGCUUGCAAGAUCUGUAUAGUCAUUUUUGUAAAACGUCUUUACCUGUCUCCAUAGCAGAUUCUCCAUAUCUGCAGCAAGUAGUUGGAGACACCGAAAUACGCAGAGGAGAGGGAAUGGAACUGGGUCAGCUGGUAGAUACAGCUGACCAAUCUUUCAACCAAUCUGUCACAAUACAAACUUUGGAUCUGCAGUUGUUGCAAUGGGCUUUCACCUUGCAGGAGAAUCGACCAAUACAACUGGCGGAGGCUGAUAAAGGCCUUCCAACAAUCAGUGGAAAUGUGAAAGAUGAUAAGGACAGAAGGCACAAGAAGAAACACAAAAAGCAUAAGCACCGGGACAAGGACAAGGAUAAGGACAAGGACAAAGAUAAGAAAAGGGACAAAAAAGACAAAGAAAGAGAUCCUGUUAAAGGAGAGAAUGGCGAUGAUCGAUCUAAAAAGCACCGGAAAAAGUCUAAGAGGAAACACGAGGGUGCCGAAGAAGAAGGAGAUGGUCACAAACACAAGAAGAAGAAGCAUAAGCACUCUACGAAAGUUGAUGGCUCGGGAGCAAUGAAGAACGGGAAGUAACUUCUUGAUGGCCUUUAGUAUGAGUAGCUGUUGUACAGUAUUUUAACUUUUACCUGUGACGUUAUUGUUCCAUCUGAUUGGUUUCAACCACCCAAGAUGUAAUCCAUUCUUACUCCAUGUUUUGUUCCACUAUUUGAGCCUACUAAAUUUAAAAGUCUGGUAUACACCGAAUUCUUCGCACAUGUGAAAUAGAUCAAUUCUUCUUCAAUUAUCACGAAAUGAUUUCGAAACGCUUGCUUUCUUCUCUAGAUUGUGACUUUUCAGCAGAACCAGUUUCUUAGUUUAUUUGUGUCUACUCAACUAUCCUUUGAACAAUUAAAUCAUGAGAAGACUCCACAGAAGGAAAUGCUUGUAUGUGGAUUACGUAUUGAGCUGGAUGCUCCCUAAGUUGGUGUCUGAUUGAAAUGACACCUAUGCAUUUUUCCGUUCGAAUGCGGAGUUAAAUACCUUUAACUUC